UGGCACGAGUCAGAGAGCACGCCGGCAAGUACUACCAGAUCGUUGACUCGAGAAAAGUUAAGUUUCGGUACAACGAGUCCGGCAAGUACGCGAUAGCGAGGGUGGUAGCUUGCGUUAAGUAUUCGAUAUUAUUCAUGUGCAGAUAAGUGAAUCGAUCUAUUAUUAAUUUCGGGGCCAUGCGACUCUUGGCUUCAAAUGCGCUGAGAUGUGCAUCGCCAUUCAACAGACCGGCAGCCACGUGCCAAACUGUUCUCGUGCGAGCGCGUUUCAUUAGCAGCUUAAGAGGUAAAGUCAUCGCGAUAAGGCGCGAGGAUCAAUCGGUAUGGGAAAGAAGAGCAGCUUUGGCGCCAUCAAAUGUGCGCCGGUUGAUCCGUGCCGGAGUAAAAGUCAUUGUUCAGCCCAGCAAUCGAAGAGCUUAUCCAGCAAAAGCUUAUCUGGAUGCCGGUGCAUCCCUGCAAGAAGAUAUCAGCUCCGCUUCGGUCAUUUUCGGCGUAAAGCAAGUGCCCGUAGAUCAGCUCAUACCGAACAAGACUUACUGCUUUUUCUCGCACACCAUCAAAGCACAAGAGGGCAACAUGCCGCUGUUGGAUGCCGUCCUUGAGAAGAACAUUAGGUUGCUCGAUUAUGAAAAAUUAACUGAUGAUAAUGGCCAGCGAGUCGUGGCAUUCGGAAAGUAUGCAGGAGUCGCUGGUAUGGUCAACAUUUUGCACGGGUUGGGACUUCGACUGUUGGCUUUGGGUCAUCAUACUCCGUUUAUGCAUAUUGGACCCGCGCAUAAUUACAGAAAUUCAGCAACAGCACGCCAAGCGAUACGGGAUGCAGGCUAUGAAAUAGCUUUAGGGGCUAUGCCAAAGUCAAUCGGUCCAUUGACAUUUGUAUUUACUGGCAGCGGUAACGUCAGCCAAGGAGGACAGGAAGUUUUUCAGGAACUUCCUCACGAAUACGUUCCACCGGAAACUUUGCGAAAAGUUGCAGAACAUGGCGACGCGACAAAAGUCUAUGGGUGUGAAGUGAGAAGGCGACAUCACCUGGAACGAAAGGACGGAGGGGGUUUCGAUCCAGAAGAAUACGUAAAACAUCCGGAGCGAUACAUUUCCACGUUCAGUAAGAAAAUAGCUCCAUAUGCUUCGAUCAUCGUCAAUGGGAUCUACUGGGCGGUGGAUUCUCCAAAAUUGUUAACCAUACCAGACGCAAAGGACUUGUUAAGGCCAGCUUAUACGCCUUGGCUUCCAACGAGUGUCGGUGCACCUGCAUUACCUCACAGGAUGUUGGCCAUUUGCGAUAUAUCAGCUGAUCCUGGCGGCAGUAUUGAAUUUAUGAACGAGUGUACGACGAUUGAUACACCGUUCUGUCUUUAUGAUGCCGAUCGCAACAAAGACACAAAGUCCUUCAAGGGCCCAGGCGUCUUAGUGUGUUCGAUUGAUAACAUGCCCACUCAGUUGCCAAGGGAAUCGACUGACUUUUUCGGAGAUCUUCUUUUUCCGUAUGCUCUGGAUAUCAUCCACUCGGAUGCGAAGAAACCAUUGGAAGAACAUAAUUUCAGUCCGGCUGUUCACGGAGCAAUCAUCGCUUCAAAUGGCCGUUUGACCCCCAACUUCGAAUAUAUCCAGGAAAUGCGACAAUUGAAUCAGCGUAGCCGACACAAAGCGGACAAUGGCCAAACUAUCAGAAAGAAGGUCAUUAUAUUGGGCUCAGGAUACGUAUCAGCUCCCGUGGUGGAGUAUCUUCAUAGAGAUGAAAAUGUGCACAUAGUGGUAGCCUCGAACUUGAAGGAAGAGGCUGAUGCUCUGGCGAACAGAUAUUCGGGUGUCGAAUCCGUAUUUCUCAAUGUUUUGGAAAGACCAGACACAUUGCAAGAUGUGGUAGCUUCAGCUGAUGUGGCCGUGUCGUUGUUGCCGUACUCGCUGCAUCACGUUAUCGUAAAAGCAUGUAUAGAGACAAAGACUCAUCUGGUGACAGCUAGUUAUGUAAAUGAUCAAGUCCGAGCGUUGCACGAAGAGGCCGAGAUGGCUGGCGUUACAGUAUUGAACGAGGUUGGAUUGGACCCUGGUAUUGACCAUUUGUUAGCAUUGGAAUGUUUUGACGAUGUACGACAAGCUGGGGGAAAAAUUGAAUCGUUCGUUUCCUGGUGCGGUGGUUUGCCAUCUCCGGAGUACUCGUUUAAUCCUUUACGAUAUAAGUUCAGUUGGUCGCCGAGAGGAGCUUUGUUGAAUACCCUUUCACCGGCGAAGUAUCUACACGAGGGUCAGGUGGUAGAAAUUUCUGGUGGGGGAGAUCUGAUGUCCGCUGUCCAAGGUUUGGAUUUCUUACCUGGUUUUGCAUUGGAAGGCUUUCCAAACCGCGACAGCACCAUGUAUAGGGAGUUGUAUGGAAUUAAGGAUGCACUUACCGUAUUGCGCGGUACCUUAAGGUUUAAGGGCUUUGCGGAUACGAUACAAGGACUCCAGCUGUUAGGUCUUAUAGAUCCAAAUCCGCACCCGAUAUUACAUCCUAAUGGACCCGAUAUUACGUGGCGAUUUUUAGUGUGCAACCUUUUGGGAUUGGAAAGUGAUAACAUAUUUUAUGAGAAUCUGAAGAUGAAAUUGGCUGAUAGAGUUAAUUCGGAAAAACGGGUUCAAGCAAUCGAGGAUUUGGGCAUUUUGAAUGAGGAUCCUGUUCUGAAACUGCACACGCCCCUUGAUACACUCACACACUAUUUGUCCAAAAUGUUAUGUUUCGAGAAGAAUGAGCGAGAUUUGGUUAUUCUCAGACAUGAUAUUGGGAUCUUAUGGCCAGAUAGCCGAAGAGAACGUAAAGGAAUUAAUUUAGUUAUAUACGGAGAUCCUAAUGGACAUUCUGCUAUGUCUCGUACCGUUGGUUAUCCUGCCGCUAUAGCGGUCAAAAUGAUUCUGGACGGUGAGAUACAGCAGCGAGGUAUAGUGCUCCCAUUCACAUCAGACAUUUAUCGACCGAUGUUGAACAGAUUAAAGGCCGAGGGCGUGGAGUCUUUCGAAACAUCUAAAUGGUUCUAAAACGUACUCAUCUCCUUGCGAAUGAUUAUUUAAAAUCGCAACUUUGGCACACAAAAGUGCCUUCGGAAUUUCUUUCAGUUUUCAGAAAGUGCUUGAAAAUGCAGUAAAAUAAUCGGAGCAUCAUAAAAAUUAAGAUGAUUACUUAUUUCAUCGUUUUAUAAUUUAAGUGCGUUUUUGAUGACGACGGAAAAGAAAAAAGUGUCAGUAAAAAAUACAACUUUCGAAGUUACGAACUUAAGAACAUAAGACUUUCAGACAUCACAAGAUUCUGAAUUUCUCAUAAUAUUGUUUAUUGUAAGAUUUGUCAAUCUAUAAUUAGUUUUUAUAUUUACAUUACUUUCGAACCACUGAAAAUAGAGUAUAUUAAAGAUUUUAAAAGUAUAGAUUUUGGCACUUAGGACCAUGCUUCUGUAUAUUUUUCCAUGAUCAGUCAUCCAUUGUCUUUGUUGUCUUUUAACAGUUUCUAAAAAUGAGUUUUCAUAGGUACAAAUAAACAUUUUUAUUUUUACUAA